AUGGCAACAGAUACCAAAUCCAGCGCCAUGGUCUCAACCGGUCCAGCACUAGGCUCCCUAGAAGAAACCGCAGGACCAAGCAUCGCACCAAGCCGCGCACCAAGCACCGACCUAAGCAGAAGCAGCAGCGCACCAGGCGUCCGCAAUGAAACCGACGCACCAAGUACCGCAUUCUCAAUCCUCGAGCCACCAGCCCCCCUCUCCGCAAUAACAACACACACAACACACAUCCGCGAGACAAACACCGACGACACAUUCCCCGACGGCGGAACACGCUCCUGGCUCGUCGUGAUGGGCUGCUUCUUCCUGCUAAUGAGCAGCUACGGCCUCAUGAACUCCACCGGCGUGCUACAGAAUUACUUCGCAACCCAUCAGCUCUCUGAAUACUCCACCAGCGCCGUCGGCUGGGUUCCUGGAGUCUUCACAUUCUUCGGACUCGUGCUCAGUGUGCAGAUUGGGCCUAUGUUCGAUCGGUAUGGGCCGACGGGGAUUCUCAUUGCUGGGACGGGGUGCUACGUAGCUGGUCUGCUUUUGCUGGCGGAGUGUCGCCUUUAUUGGCACUUUAUUCUCACGCUUGGUGUGUUGACGGGCACGGGGGCUGCGUUGCUGAGUACGGCGGCUAUGGCAGCGGUGCCGCAUUGGUUUGAUCGGAAGGUUGGGAUGGCGAUGGGGACGGCGAUGGCGGGUGCGGGACUUGGGGGUGUUACGUUUCCGCUCGUCCUGCGCGCGGGCUUUGCGCGGUUUGGGUAUAAGUGGGCGAUUCGGCUUGUUGCGUUGAUUGUUGGUGUGUUGUGUUCGUUGGGGAUUAUGCUUGUGCGGUCCAGGCUGCCCAAGGGACAGAGUCGGUCGAGUAUUAAUUUGAGGGCGUUUAAGGAUACUAGGUUUACUUGGUUGACCCUCGGCACGUUUAGCCUGGAAUUGGAAGUCUUUGCUGGAUUGGGUCUGUACCCGACGUACGUAGUGAUGCAAGGAUUCAGUACAUCGACCAGUGUAAUCCUGCUCUCUCUUCUGAACGUCUGUUCAACAAUCGGCCGCCUAAUCGCAGGCCGCUUCGCAGACCAAUACGGACGCAUCAACACCCAGACAGCUCUAAUCGUCGUGGGCGUCUUUGCCAUCUUCGUCAUCUGGCUACCGUUCGGUAAUACCCUCCCAGGACUCUAUGUAUUCAGCUGCGUCUUUGGACUCGCGUCGGGAUCGUUCUUGAGUCUUGCUCCGGCUUGUAUUGGACAAAUUUCCAAGGCGAGCGAGGUGGGCGGUCGGUUUGGGAUUUGCUAUUCGAUUGUUAGCUUGGCGACAUUGAUCUGUAUUCCGAUUGGUGGUGAGAUGCUCGAAAAGGUCGGGAAGCAGGCCAUGGUGGCGUAUCUGGGGAGUGUCUUGGUGGUUGGAUUGGGGAUGUUCGUCAUGGCCCGAUGGGCUUGUCUGAGCUAUCGGUGGCGAUGGCAGGCGAAGAUCUAA